AUGAACGUUAUAAAAAUUGAUAAUUUUUCCGAUAUUUAUAAAUAUUACGAAGAAAAGUUAAAUGAAUUUUUAAGAAGUUAUUUAGGUGAAACCGACCCACGGACUUCUCAAUGGCUUUUUACAAAAUCUCCCAUUCCUCUAUUGUCAGUUUUUUUUUUAUAUUAUGCAAUUGCAUUUUUCGGACCGAAAUUCAUGAAAUAUCGUAAGCCCUUAGAAAUGAGAUUGAUUUUAAUGAUUUACAAUGUUGGCCAAAUAUGGCUGUCUUCAUUCAUAAUGAAAGAGGUGGCUAGCAGUUCAUGGUGGUAUCAUAUUUCGAAAUAUGUUGAUUUAUUAGAUACAUUAUUCUUUGUUUUAAGAAAGAAAACAAAACAAAUGAGCUUCCUUCAUUUAUUCCAUCACUCAACCAUGCUUUUUAAUAGUUAUUUAGGAAUGUUAUAUAUUCCAGGAGGCCAAGCUAUCGUCAGUACGUUUUUGAAUUCAUUUGUUCACGUCAUAAUGUAUUGGUACUAUUUGCUUUCGGCUGUCGGACCCAGAUUUCAUAAAUUUCUUUGGUGGAAAAAAUAUUUAACGAUAUUGCAACUGACUCAAUUUAUUACAGUACUCGCUCAUGUUUUCCUCGGUUCGAUUUCCGGAUGCGAAGUACCAAGAUGGUUGAAGUUUUAUGUAAUUUGCUACGUUUCCGUUUUAAUCGUUUUAUUUCUUAACUUUUACCUUUCCUCCUAUAAGAGAAUGUCAUUGUUAAAAGCGGUCGGUUGUGUUUGCUUUCAAAAUCAUUUGAAAAAAAUACAAAAUGAAAAUAAUGAAAAUAUCACGACCUUGUUACCCGAUGAAAAUACUUACGAAACAAUAGAAUCGACCAAAUUACAAGAAAUUGGAAAGAGAGAAAAUAUAAAAACGAAAUCACCUUUCACUCUCGUUGGUCGAAUGCCUGGCCAAAGCUUUUCAGAAAAAUUUUCGGGAGAUUUCACUAUAGAAAAAAACAAAAACAUUUAA